CGCCAGUACUCACCAUUAUUGCGUUACAGCCAAUCCUGGAAAAUACUGAACAAUGCAUUUUUACGAAAUUUUCAGACGGACAGUGAGCGCCUGGAAUGCGGUGGAUGUGUUAGUGGACGAGAACGGACCACUGCAGCACGGCAGCGUCAUCAACAUCGUGGAAGACGGCGUCAUUGUGGAUUUCUACUGCGAGUCACAACGUUCCGUGCUGGUGGCGUUUGGUAAAACCUUCCUUGCUUCCUCCCGCGAAAAAGAGCUGAGCUGGUCGAGCGUGCAUUUCCCUGAAGAGUGGCCCUGCAUGGAUCGUCGGCCGCCCGCGGGCGUCGCCCCACCGGACGUGCAAGUACUGCUGCGCGUAUGCCCCACGGGUCCGUGGGCGUGGCAUCCCGGCAAACUCCUUAUGCACCAAUUUGAGUGUGCCGAUGAGUACGCCUUCGUCGAAGUCCAACUGGGCGCCGUAAAAGUUCGUGAACUGGUAAAUACUGUUCAAGUGCGUUUUCCGCUGUCCGUACAAGAGAUGCAGUAUUGGAUGCUGAAGCCCGGAGACUUUGUCGUUCGCUCCAUUCCUCUGCCGGCAGGAUACUGGCAGUGCAUCACACCGUCGUUAUCGGCAGCGUUUUCUCAGGAAACUGAAGAGCAGCUUGGUGCGCGCUGCAUUUGUGUCCACAGCGAACGGAUGGUGUAUUUGCGGAGCUGCGGCCGGACCGCGAUCUCGGACAGCUCUCUUGCUUCUCAUUUGGAAAAAGCGAAAACUUAUGCGAAUAACGCUCGGUACGUUUCAUGUGGGCGGGAAUACCAUUACUACUGGGGUUCACCAAAAUCUACUUUAUCUGGGCCACUCAAAACCAAACGAGUAAAGGUGUCGGCCGCGGGGAUUCCGAUACCGCGGUUGUUGCUGGUCGAGAUCUUCCAGUCACUGGACACCAUCGAGCGUCUACGGUGUCGCCGCAUGCUACGCGUGGGAAGCCAUUUUGACAUCAGCUGCAGUGGGUAGCGAGAUGCGUGUGUCAUUCACCCUGAUGAAUAUCAAGCAGGACUGGUCCAACCUGCGGUUGAAUUACUACGCCAUCUACAGCUGCAUCCUCAAACACCUCACUCCGGCCACACGCACCAUCUGCUUCCUGGAUUACGAUAGCCAGUGGUUGAACACCCGCGACUGGGCAACCGGGGUUAUGAGCUGCGGGCAGGAUGUGCUGGACGGAAUUCUGCUGGCGCCGCAUCAACACGCGACGCGCCAAUUUCAGUCUGGCGACGUCUUUGGAACAAAUGGCGCAAAACUAUCGCGCCUUGGCGUCCUGCUGCAACAAAAUCAUUUUUAAAGAUGUGACACUGGAAGGCGGGUUCGGGGAGUUGCAUGUGCCGUAUGGUGUUGUGCUAACGAAUGCGUGCAGCCCCGCGCAACUGUGGGAUUUGUUUGAAGGGUAUUUGGAUGAUGCGGCGGACGUGACCGCCCUGGCGGCGUGGAUGGCGGAUGGCAAGCGGUACGAGCCGGAUGAGGUCGAAGGAUUCGCCAAGAUUCUGCAAACCUACCAAAGCGCUGAUCCACGCCCAACGGCUCGCUUUCAGAAAUGCCAGUGGACGGUAGAGGAGCUGAAGGGUUUGGAUGUGCGCACACUGAACCGUUUCACGUUGGCCGUGUUGCACAAAGAAAUCCACAACGCUUCCACUCAAAGAAAUACAGCAGUACUUCAAGAAUAUGCUUUCUGGCUGCCGGCAAGAAGCUUGACGAUGUAACAAACGUAAAAGGAUAAUAACGAAUUUCGGUGAACUGUGGCAGUAAAUUACCAAUAACAGUUGCACUAGCCAUCUCAU